AUGAAAGAUUGGGGCGAGUUCACCGAACACUAUGAGAAAAAGGGCUUCGCUCCAGCUGAGAUCCUGGCCAAAUGGAAUGAGCUUCUGGCUGCAGGUGUUGACAAGGACCAGAAAGGUCGGAAAGGCAUGGAAUUGCGUCUCAGUGUCGAGGUGGAGACGUACAAGCUCAACCAGACGGAAACUGGUGAUGAACGCUCCCGUGACCUAGAGCACACCAGCAAGAAGUUCAAGCAGGAUGAUGUGGACCAGGUGGACCAAGACAUCUUGUCAAAGCCCAAGUUGACGCCUGCUCAGCUCCUGGGCUCCCAGCCUGGCUCCGGCUCUGGCUCCUCGAAGGACGGCCAAGGCGGCAAUCAGGAGCCAGGGCAGAAGAAGUACAAAGACAAUCCUUUGUCCCGCCGCACCAAAAUGCAUGAUAAUGCAGUGCAAGCUGUUCGCCGGAAUCAGGACAUCUUGAAAAAGCUCCCUGCCAAGAUGAAGGAUACCAUUUCCAAGUUUGCUGCUGAGCCGGACUACGCUGAGUACAUGCGAAUUCUCAAGGUGACUGUUCUCAUGGAGCAGGCUAUCAAGGACAUUGAGACGGCAAAGCGAGCAAGGGAUAAGAAACGCCAGCGUGACGAGCAGGCGGAGGCCAAGAGGAUCGAGCGGGAGAAUCAGAAGAAGCUGAAAGCAGAUCAGAAAGCUGCUUUGAAGGCAGGCGCGGUCAGGCUAAGUGCCCAGCCUCAAGCGCCAUUGCCAGUCCCAUCCUGCGCGCACAAGUUGCUGGAGACCCCGAUCACUUUGCUGAAGGAGGUGAACAAGUGCGAUGAGGCCGACUUCUGCGCGCAGACAGACAGUGUGCAGAGUGCAUUCAUGAAGAAUCCGCUCCUGCUUGAGAAGUGCGAGAAGGCUCUGGAGAAGUACGCUGCGAUCGCGAGAGUCAAGGCGCAAGUUGCCACAUUCAAGUGUCAGUUCCCUGCCACCACGCAGAGCAAGACCACAGGGCGUUGCCAGCUGCCUCUUUCUGUGCCUGAGCAUGUGUCAGGACUGGCUGAGAUUUUCAAGGCGCUUGAUCCGGCGAAGACUUCGUGGCCAACCACUGCUCCGUCUGGGACCGACCUUUCGCAUUUCCUUGCUCCCUACAUCUACGGCUUCUCCAGCACCAUGCAGUACGCAGGAGGUGAGGAUAAGUGGGCCGGUCAGCUCCGCUUCCAGCUUGAAGGUUCCCGUGAGGUUAUUCUCGCCCCUUUUGGCGAUGUGCGGGAAGCGUUGCAGAAGCUGGGCAAGCCUCAUGAUUCCUUGAGUGUGCUCAUCAAGAACUUUGCUAACCUCACCCCGCAGGAGGUGGAGAAGUCAGCGGAGAAGUUUCGCUAUGUCGUGCACAACGAGGGCUGCUGUCUUUAUGUGCCAGCAGGGUGGAUUCUUGUUGAGCGUGUUCGAGAGAACACCCCGGUGCUUGGGCUGAAGUUGGCUUCCGGGCACAAGCUGCUCACUGCUGACAUGAAGCAGAUCAUGGACCUGAAAGUGAAGAAUGAUCCAGGGGCCGCUGAUGGCGCCAUGACAAAGUCAAUGAAGGCUUACAUCCAUUUCCUGGAGAACCAGUGA